AUGGAUAAACCGCCUUCAAGAUAUAGCGUGCAAAUAGCACUUGAUCAAAAGCUACUUGAGGUCAAAGGGAAAAGCCACGAUCUAUGCUGUGCUUGGGGGUUUCUUUGGGACGGCUCAAAUGAUCCCAUCUACAACAUAGUAGGAUGGAUAUCGCCUAUGGAUUCUCCUGUAGAGACAAUCGCCUGGGAUGAAAAAUAUUAUAUUACCGCCAGCAAGAGAGGGCAUCGGCAUGGUAAGAUGGUCAAUAAAGCCAUGGAAGCCACGCCCAUCGUCGGAGGUCAAGAGUUUAUAGUAACGGACUUUCAGCAUACAGAAGUCAGAAAAGGCCCAGACACUCUCGGGAAGGAUUCUUUUGGGUACAGAAUAGAACUCAAGUGCUCUAUCGUUCUCAACUUAGCUCUGGACCUGGAGGAGCUCGCGGCUGAUAAUUCCACGCCGGCUUUCAUCGCCAGUGAAGGCGAAGAGCCACUCGACCUUGGUAAAACUGGUGCCAUCACACCCACGAAAACUUUACUGUUCUUUUUUGUCAAGAAGAACAUAUUGGAAAGACGCCAUGGGUUCAAUUUCAAGCUUUUGGAGCACCUUCCAAUCGUCUAUGACUACGGCAAUCAGUCUACCCAGUUCACGAAGAUCAAGUUGGUGUACAAAGAUAGUAGACCUCAACUCUCGCCUGAUGUUGAAGCCAAGAAGAACGAGUCCUUACUCUUCCUCAUGGCGAGACAACCUGUUCCGAGAUUAGAGGAUACAUUUGAAUCUAUACCUAUGGAGGAGAACAGCCGGCAGGGAGCGACGCAAAAUGAACCGAAGUAUUGA